AUUAAUCUUCUCUUUCCAUCCUUAGAAUGAACAUCAAUGGAAGAUCUCAAUAUCUUCCUUCACCUCAUAAUCCUGACCCUAAUCUUACACCUUCAUACUUCAUUAGCAUCAUCAUACGACUGCCCGAUUUCCUAUUGUGGCUCGAGUGCAUACUCAAUUCGGUUCCCUUUUCGUGUGAUAGGCCAACAACCCGACGUAUGUGGUUAUCCGGGCUUUAAUCUAUGGUGUAACAAACAAGGAAACUUGGUACUCAACCUCCCGAAUUCAGGAAAUUUUUCGGUCAGAACCAUUGAUUACCGAUCUCAAGUUAUCCAAAUUUAUGACCCGUCUGGCUGUUCUGCUGCUCGCCGUUUGACUUUGGACCUAUCGGGUUCACCUUUUUCGGGUUCUCCAAGUCGAAACUACACGAUUUUGCGCUGCCCGGUUGAGGUCACGAUGUCGCGUUACAUCACUGUUGGUUGUCUAACCAAUUCUACAUAUUCAACUUUAGCUACUUCUUCUGUGAGUUUUGGUACCGCGAUGGCUAAGCGCACGGAUUGUGAGAUCAUCGGUUCUAUACGGAGCCCAAUAUCGUGGUAUCAAGAUCAAGAAGGGCUUACAUCUGACCUAAAUAUGGAUAUAUCUUUGACAUGGGAUAAUCCUAAUUGUCAAGAGUGUAUAGAAGAGGGUGGGACUUGUGGUUACACAAAUACCACUAUGCAAGAGAUUGCAUGCUUCGAAAAUACCGAAAAGGGCAAUAAAAAAAUGACAAUAGCUUUGAUAAUCGUGUCGAUAGCUCUAGCUCUACCGGCCAUAGCAGCGUCUAUAGCGAUGGCAUAUUAUAUAUGGAGGGACUACAGAAGAGUAGCCACGUGGGUUGCAAGAAAUGCAACACGGAAUGUCACCGCAGUGACACCAGAGACCGCCAUGGUUCCACAUGGCGGUACGGUCAUAGGUCUUGACCAGUUGACCAUAGAGUCCUACACAAAAGUGGCUCUAGGGGAAAGCAAACGCCUUCCCGGACAUGAAGAUGCCGCAUGCUCCAUAUGCCUGUCGGAAUACAAUGUUAAGGAGAUAGUCAGAUGCAUUCCCGAGUGUAGGCAUUGCUUCCAUGCUGAGUGUAUCGAUGAGUGGCUUAAGUUGAAAGGGACAUGCCCCGUUUGUAGGAAUACACCUUCUCCACCUCGUGUGGACUUAUAACAUAUUCAAUAUUCGUUGCUUUUUUUUCA